AUGGCCGUGUCCGACUGUAUGGCAAGAGCAGUUGUGCAAGCAAUGGCAGAGCAACUGGAACGAAGUAAAUUUUAUGAUAUUACCAUUGUGGUAAAGCAGAGACACUUCCACUGUCAUCGAUUUCAACUAAGUGCGUGUUCGGAGUAUUUCCGACGCAAGUUUUCAUCUGGCAUGAAGGAAAGCCACGCAGAUAUUGUUGACAUUAAAGAGAUUGAACCGGACAUUUUUAGUCUAGUUAUUGACUGCAUAUACAAAGCAAAGUAUGUCCUAAAUACAGAAAAUGCCACCAGGCUAUGGCAUGCAGCCAACUGGCUUGAGAUAGAUUUUCUUAUUGAAAGCUGCGAAACGUUUCACACUAACAACUUGUCAAUACACAACUGUGUUGACGUUUACCUCAAUGCCAAAGUGCUGAAAUCUGACAUGGUAAUGAGACUCUCCUGGGAGCUGAUAGUCAAGGAAUUUGAAUACCUUAGACAGACGGAAAAAAUUUUGAUGCUGGAUUAUGAAGACAUCAUGAAGCUAUUGGAAAUUGAUGCUCUGAGUGUGCCAUCAGAAGAUGUUAUGAUUGAUGUCAUAAUGAGGUGGACUCGUUUUAGUUGGGGACCCACGACAGUGACAGUUGAGGAAGAUUGUUCUGGUGCAACAGCUGAAACACCCCCUCCAUAUACAGAACUAGUCGGUUUUGUUUCCAGUAAUGAUUCAAGAUCAGAGAAGCGAAAGAAACAAAUUGUUGAAGACAUUCAAGGGCAGAACAACAUAAACGCAUUAGAAGAACAAUAUGUAGCUGAAAAUGAGGAUAUACAAAAAGAGGCUAAUCCCCGGGCACAGUUUUUGCCGAGUCUUUUGUCUGCUGCUAAAAUCUGUCUUGUUAGUCUCACACGCAUUCAGACUCUCUUUGAAAGUGAACUGAUCCGUGAAAACAGAAAGGCCUUUGACGUUGUAAUGGAAGGGCUACGGUACCAGACGCAGCCUGGAAGAAGGCAUGAUUACUGUCCUCCUAUUGCCAUUCACAGAAGUUCAAGUGAACUAAAAAAUGUAAUAAUGUCUAUGUUUGUGCAAGCAGAUCAAGUAAAGAUGUCAUGUAUGACACUGGAAAAUGAAUGGUUCACCUUAGCCGCACCACCAGCUCAUCUUGCACAGUGUAAAGCUGUCAGCUAUGAGAAUGAUAUUUAUGCAUUACCGACAACUGCUUACCAAUACGCUUUCAAAUAUGACAGCAAAACAAAUACUUGGAGACAGCUAGAGGCUCCGAUAAACACAGCAAGACCAAACAUAUCUAUUGUAGUUCUCGACCAAUACAUCUAUGCUAUUGGGGGAGAUAACUGUACAGCCAUUGAAAGAUUCAGUGCAGCAGAUGAACAGAAGGCACCUGGAACAGGCAAAUGGGAAACCGUUGGACAGCUGAGACAUGCCGUAACAAAUAUUGCUAUGACAACAUCUGAAAGUAAUAUUUUCGUGUUAGGAAUUGCCAGUGAAGACAGCUCUUCAAUAAUAGUCCAACGUUUUGAUACACAGACCAUGUCAACUUUCAUUAACUUACAUGAAAUGCCAGGUUCCAGUAAGAAUAUGAUUGUCUUCAGGCAAGAAAAAAGAAGCUAUCUACUCCAAGAAACUGGAGCCCUGUGGAAAACGGUGGUGUCAGAUGAAAGGGUUCUCAGUCUUCACUUUCAAGGCAUGGUCUGGGAAAACCCUGUUGAGUUGGAGUCCGCUAUCAUUUGCAAUAACGAGCUUCUUGUUUUUGUAAAAACAGCCGACCCACAGUUGCCACGUGAGUGGGAUACAACAAGAUAUCCAGAAUUUAAGCAUGUGAAGAUAGUUGAUCGUGAAAUCAACUGCGUUCUGAAUAAUGUAGUACCAAAAACACAUCUCACAGCUAAAGAAGCCUAA